AUGACUGAGAUUAGACCAAAACUACUGGUCAUGUUACAAAAUUCUGACUUAAUGAUAUUAAACAUAACUUCACAGUUGCAGUAUCAUAACUUAUUGCUUACAUUUUCCUUCUUCACGCUUCUAACUUCAUUUUUUUUUGAGCCCAAUUUCUAUGCUUGGUCUGCUCUUUCGCUUCCCAAUCGCAAUGCCUUACAAUUGGCACUUUUCUGCAGGUGCGCCAAAUACUUCCGCUAUCGUAUGCCUAAUUCGGUAGAGUGCGCUAAGCUCCUAGACUGGCCACACUAUAUAAAGCAAUGGUUGGACGCCUUCUUCCAUCGACUACCACCAACGAUGUCCAUUUGUGAAAAGUACUUCCCUGAGGAGCCUAAAGAGCCUAAAGUGGCAACGUCCUUCCCUGGUCCAAAGUCCCAGGACGCCAUCAAGUCUUUGGGCACUGUCUUUGACAGUAGACCUGUCUACUUUGUUGCCGACUACGAAAAGUCUGUUGGUAACUAUAUUGUUGAUGUCGAUGGCAACACAUACUUGGAUGUGUAUGCUCAGAUCGCAUCCAUUCCAUUGGGCUACAAUAACCCGGCUUUGAUUGAAGCCGCAAAGUCCGAUAAGAUGGUGAGAGCAAUUGUGGACCGUCCAGCAUUAGGAAACUUCCCUGGCAAGGACACUGAAGAAAUCAUCUCUGAAUUGUUGAAGGUGGCACCAAAGGGCCAGGACAAGGUCUGGUCCGGUUUGUCCGGAGCCGAUGCUAACGAGUUGGCAUUCAAGGCUGCAUUCAUGUGGUACCAAGCCAAGAAAAGAGGCUACACUGCAUCCUUUACUGAAGAAGAAAAUAGGUCUGUUAUGGAAAAUGCCGCUCCUGGCUCGCCAGACUUGGCCAUUUUAUCCUUCAAAAGAGCAUUCCAUGGCCGUUUGUUUGCAUCUGCCUCCACCACAUGUUCUAAGCCAGUUCAUAAAUUGGACUUGCCAUCAUUUAAAUGGCCUAAGGCCGAAUUUCCUUCCUACGCCUACCCAUUGGAUGCCAAUGCUGAAGUCAACAAGAAAGAGGACGAGCGGUGUUUAGUCAUGGUAGAGGAAUAUCUUAAGCACUGGAAAUCACCAAUUGCGGCAGUUUUGAUCGAGCCAAUCCAAUCGGAAGGUGGUGACAACCACGCUUCUGCAUUUUUCUUUCAGGGCUUGCGUGAUCUCACAUUGAAGUAUGGCGCUCUUUUGAUUGUCGACGAGGUCCAGACUGGUGUUGGUGCUACAGGGAAAAUGUGGGCACAUGAGCACUUUAACCUUUCUCCUGCCCCAGACAUGGUCACUUUCUCUAAGAAGUUCCAGUCGGCCGGCUACUACUUCCAUGACCCAGAGAUCAUUCCUAACCAGGCAUAUCGUCAAUUCAACACUUGGUGCGGUGACCCAGCGAGAAUGAUUUUGGCUGGUGCUAUUGGUCUGGAAGUGGUGAAGCACAAUUUGGCUGAACACGCAUCUCGCGUGGGUGACUACUUGUACGGGAAGUUGGAAUCCUUGUUCAGCAAGUACUCUGAGCUUGUGACGGACUUGAGGGGAAAAAACCGUGCAACCUUUAUCGCUUGGUCCUUCAAGAAACCAGAGUUGAGAAACAAGUUUUUGGUGGACAUGAAAAGUGUUGGUAUUAACAUCGGAGGCUGUGCCGAAGAUUCUGUCAGAUUGAGACCUACAUUGGUUUUCGAGGAGAAACACGCGGACAUUUUAGUUGCUGGCAUUGACAAGAUCUUGUCUGGCUACUAG